AUGACUAAAUGGGAACAUACAAUUCGAUUAUUUGAAGGACAAGAUUUUGAAUCAAUUCGAUUAAAAUGUCUUAAAGAAAAUAAACUUUUUGAAGAUCCAAUUUUUCCAGCACAAUAUGAAUCUUUAUCAAAUAAUUAUCAAACAUUAAUUCCUAAUUGGCAUGAUAUUAUAUGGAAACGUCCAGGUGAAAUUGUUGAAGAUCCUCAAAUGAUUGUUAAUGGAAUAAAACGUACAGAUCCAAAUCAAGGCGAUUUAGCUGGUAUAUUUCAUUUUCGUUUUUGGCGUUAUCAACAAUGGUAUGAUAUUGUUAUUGAUGAUCGUUUACCAUAUUUAAUAAAACAAAAACGUUUAUGGAGUGCAAGAAAUCUUUAUGAAAUAAAUGAAUUUUGGGUUUCAUUAUUUGAAAAAGCUUAUGCUAAAUUAAAUGGUAAUUAUACAAAUUUAGGUGGUGGUUUACCAGUUAAUGCUUUAACAGAUUUUACUGGUGGUAUUGAACAACGUUUUGAAUUUAAAUCAAAUUUAUCUUUAACACAUUUAAAUGAAAAUGAUUUAUUUGAUUUUAUUAAAUCAUGUAUUGAUUAUGGUUCACUUAUUGCUUGUUCAAUUAAUGCUGAUAAAAGAAAAAUCGAGAGUGUUUUAUCGAAUGGUCUUGUAAUUGGUCAUACUUAUUCAAUAACAAAUUAUUAUAUUUUACCAAUAAAAUAUGAUAAUAACUUGAAUGAUCGAAAUUUAAUUCGUUUACGUAAUCCAUGGGGUAAUGAUAUUGAAUGGAAUGGAAAAUGGUCAGAUGCUGAUCCUAUUUGGAAUUUAUUUGAUGAAAAAACACGAAAAAGAUUAAGUAUACAAAGAAAACAUGAUGGAGAAUUUUGGAUGUCAUUUAAAGAUUUUUAUAAAGAAUUUGAUGUUAUGGAAGUUUGUCAUAUUAGUCCAGAUACAUAUGAUGAAUUUGGAUUAACUAUACAAGAUUCUAAACAUCAUUGGCGUAUGUGGUAUGCACUUGGAUCAUGGCGUGCUGGUGAGAAUAGUGGUGGUUCAUGUGCAACAUUAGGUUGUCGUCAUGGUUGUUAUUAUUGGCGUAAUCCACAAUUUAUUAUUGAAUUAACAUUAAAUCGUACAUUUAAUUCAAAUAGAUUAUGUAUGAUGAUAAUUGCAUUAAUGCAAAAACCAAUAACGAAUAAUUCUAAUGAACAAUAUAUACAAAUUCGACUUUUCCGAAUUAAACCAAACGUUAAAAUAUGUGAGAAAAAAAUUUAUAAACCAGAUGAAGUCGAACGAAUUGCAUCAACAGGACCUUAUGUUAAUCGUCGUGAAGUUUCUUUACUAUUGAAAACAACAACAGGUGCUUAUCUAAUUGUUCCUAGUAUGGCCGAUGUCGAUCAAAAUUGUGAUUUUUUACUACGAAUUUUUUCUCAAGAUACUACCAUCGGUCGAACAUUUGUUAAUAUAUUUGCUAAUGAUAAUCAUGAAGAUCAAAUACAUCAAAAUCUAGAUCAAAAGCAUUCAGUACCUGAGCAAACACCUAGUCUAACACCGACUACUAAUAAUGUUGAAUGUCAUCCAGUAGACAUUCAACUAUAUAGUUGGUCAGGACCUAGUUUUGAAUCAGGUGAAUGUUGGCAUCAAGGACAUCGUUUUAUAAACGGUGCUAUAUGGGGUCGUUCAGAUGUACCAGGUUCUCCUUAUUGUGUUUGUGAACAAGGAAAAGUACGUAUUUUUUAUAGUCAACAACAACAUCUCGCUGUUGAUACAUUAACUAUUCUUCGACCAACUAACAAUGCAUCACCAACAGCCAAAGAUUUAGCUAAAUGGCCUAUUUCCAAUUAUCCCGUGGUACGACAACGUACAGUAAUUUGUUCAGCAAAUCGAUUAGGUAUACGAGUGAGAUCAAGAGAUAGAUGUAUUGGUUGUAAAUGUUCUACGAAUGGUCAUUGGUUAUGUAAAAAACCACCCCCACUAAAUAAAAAUCAAACAAACAAUCAUCAAACAUCCAGAAAUAAUCCUUAUUCAUAUUCUGACACAUAUCAAGUUGAUCUUCAUAUUACAACUGUACGUUUACAAGCUGAAUGUCCAUUAGGUACUACACCUAAAUUUUGUAUAUUAAUUGAACGUUUAUUAACAUCAAAUAUAACUAAACCAUUCAGUCGUUAUAUUGAAAUACCUCGUGAAACAUUAUGGAUUGAUCGUAAUUCAUGUACUCAAUGUACAUGUACAUUAGAUGGCUAUUUACAAUGUGAAAUUCUUCAUGAAACAUGUAGUCGUCCAUGUCUUUUACGUAAAACACGUCCAGUUUCAGUUAUAUAUUAUUUUCCAUCUGGUUCAAAAUGGUUAACACCACCACAUAGCAGAUGUCGUUCAUGUACGUGUAUUAAUGGGCAAAGAAAAUGUUUUAAUUGUGAUAAAAUUCUAAAAAUCGAUGUUAUUACUAAUAAUAACCAGCAGCAAACAUCAGCAAUUGGCGAAUUUAGAUUAUUACCAAUAUUAAAGAAAACAAAACCAUGUAUACUUCAAACUAGUAUUAGUUCUCAUCGAUUAAUAUUUCCAGGACAACAGAUAUGGUAUGAACAACGUUGCUAUUUUUGUUCAAAAACUGAUGGACGAUUGAUAACAUGUUAA